AUGGCUUCUCCUUCCAAGGCGAAGGAGGUUUUCUCCUCCGACGAGGAGGGCCCGACGGCCGGCGCCGAGGAGCACCACAAAGUCAAGGUGUCCAGCUUGCCGUUCAGCGUGGAAGCCCUCAUGUCCGACAAGAAACCCCCCAAAGAGCUGCCGCUGGCAGCAGCGGGGGGCAGCGCCGACGGGGCGGCGGUGGGCACCUCCAGGAACCUGCUGCUGCCGGGCCACGGCUCCCGGGACGCUCACAGCCCACCUGGGGCACUUACAAAAACCUUCGAUACCGCUUCGGUCAAAUCGGAGAACUCGGAGGAUGGCACGUCCUGGAUCCAAGAAGCUGGGAGAUACUCUCCUCCGCCAAGACACCUGAGCCCCACUGCCUGCACCCUGAGGAAGCACAAGACGAAUAGGAAGCCCCGAACCCCAUUCACCACUUCCCAGCUGCUGGCUCUGGAGCGCAAGUUCCGCCAGAAGCAGUAUCUGUCCAUCGCCGAGAGAGCCGAGUUCUCCAGCUCCCUCAACCUCACAGAGACCCAGGUCAAAAUCUGGUUCCAGAAUCGGAGGGCCAAGGCCAAGAGACUGCAGGAGGCUGAGCUAGAGAAGCUCAAAAUGGCAGCAAAGCCCAUGUUGCCAUCAGGGUUCAGCCUCCCUUUCCCCAUCAACUCUCCCAUUCAGGCUGCCUCGCUGUAUGGAACAUCCUACCCUUUUCACAGACCUGUGCUUCCUAUCCCACCUGUUGGACUCUAUGCUACUCCUGUUGGAUAUAGCAUGUACCACUUAUCCUAA